UAUCAUCGCGUCGCAUCGCGCAUGCGUGAAAAUAUAUUGAAGAUGGCGGACGAUUUGGACGUGCUGCAAAAAGACUGCAAAUUUGAGUUACUUUUCCCUUCGAAAGAGCCGACGGACUGGCUUGAUAUUCAACACAUUCCACCUAGAUGUAAAAUCUACUCCGGGGAGCGGGUCACUUUCGCCCUCUUAGUGCAAUAUGUCGGUGAAAAUGACUGCAAAGAACGGGUGCAGGAAUGGCAGUCGGCGGUACGUUCCGUGCACUGCAAGGCGCACAUCGGUUGCAGCACAACCGACAACAAUGCGGUUACGUGCGUUACGAAAUCGCCGGGCAGAUCGAAGUCAGGGGGGCGGAGUCACGGUUCCUCUAGGCCGUCCAACUCGUUAAGCAGAUCAGCUAGGAUUUGCAAACCCUUUGAAACAUUCAACACAGGAAAAGCUACAGUGAGAGAGAGUGAGCCUAUCAUACAUGAUGAUGUCGUCAUCUUUCCCCUGAGUGCUCCGUUGAACACCUUGCCAAGUUCCCUGCGGACGCUGACCGUGUCGGUGCACAUCACCAGUCAGGCCACGUCCCGCCGAUACCCACGAGAAAACAACUACCUGGAUUUACUCCUGCAGUUACCCAUGGAAGACGUCUUUCAGCUACAGCGCCCUCUGUUGAAAUGCACCGUGAAAGCAGAGUUGGCCAUUCUACCUCCGCCUGAGAUUCGAUGCCAACAUGUGGCCGUGGCGGGCAAACAUUUUCUUAUUAUCAAGGUUAACAACGACUAUGCAGAGAGGCUGAUACUAGACCAGGUUGAAGUGUUGUGGAAUAAGAACCACAGUCUGCAGCACGCACCCCAUCCAGCCUGGCCGCAUAAGACUGAUCAAGCUUCAGUUAACGAUAUUCUAGAUGAGAUGGAUAAUACAUUCAUAGAGUUGGUCUCUAGUCCGUCAUAUCACACACCAUCGUCCCUUCAACCCUUAGAGCAACACGCGUUCGUCUUCCAGCUUCACUUCAGCCAGUUCUGGAGAAGCAAGCCAGCUAAGGGCAUUGAGUUGCCUCUCUUACUGAGUAUCACGUGGUACGUUCAGUCCAUGGCCAGUAGGCAAACUGUCUGCACUCACUACUCACUGCCUAGCCUGAGACUGGAUUUCCCAUCCUUCAUCAUGUCUGCACAGUGUCCGUCACCCAUACAGGUUGGCAACAGUUUUAACGUGAACUACACGUUACUAAACAACCUUCAGGACUUCUUGGGAAUAACAUUACUAUGGAUGCCCGGCAAUCGCUCCAUGACAGACACAGACGAGACAUCAUCCCGAUUUAUUGAAGAGGCUGUAGUAUGUGAACAACCUAAGAUGGAUCUUGGAGUCUGUCACAAAGGGUCAACGACCGACGUGUCGGUGACCUUCCAGGCUGUUAGAUCCGGCGUACACGAGAUCGGCAAGUUUAUGAAGUUGAAACUGCAGUAUGCCACGCCGCCCAAUCAACAACCACCCCAACCGACGACCGCUCCCUCCUCGCCGUCCAAACUACCUCCGGUCGCCAUGGCGACCUCUGGCGAGGAGUCGCAGACAAACACGUUUCCACGGCGCGAGCGGCGCCGCUUCAAACGUCCCACGCUACCUCGUCAGCACUCGUUCUCGUCGCUGUAUCAGCGAUUUCAGAUAGCGGGCAACAGGUCUCGUUCCAACUCCUUCACCAGUGACGACGACACUCACUCGCUGCCGGGGGAUCUGACUGAACGGGGAGAUGCAGCGUCGUGUUCAUCGCUCAAUGGGUCAAACAGUGUCACCAACAGUCCAGUCAAGACACAGCAUGUACCCAACAACCAACCACCCCCUAAACCAUCCGUCAGUAUCGACAAGAUUGCCAAAAGGAGAAGUAAAAUCUAUGUUAUAUGACCUCUUCAAUGCAAGGUCACAGUCAUGAGGUCAAAGGUCAUAAGGUCGGGUCAAACAGUGUCAGUCCAACAGUCCAGUCAAGACACAGCAUGUACCCAACAACCAACCGCCCCCUAAACCAUCUGUCAGUAUCGACAAGAUUGCCAAGAGGAGAAGUAAAGUUUACGUUAUAUGACCUCUCCAGUGCCCGGUCACAGUCAUGAGGUCAAAGGUCAUAAGUUCGGGUCAAACAGCUUAACCAAUAGUCCAGUCAAGACACAGCAUGCACCCAACAACCAACUACCCCCUAAAACCUACUGUUCUACUUGUUUCACCUGGGUCUUACGUUUCGGGGGAUUUCAGACCUUGAAAGACUUGGGAAAGCUUCAGUUCAAUAUGGGUCCAUGUUCUGAAGUCAAAUUUGCUAUGAGUCAGAGGCCAAGCCAAAGUUCCAAGUAUUCCAAUUUAGUUUGGGGUAAUCAAGGCUUCUAAAUGAUUCUUGUGACAGUUUCCAGUUGUUUCCAGUUUUCAGCUAGAUUUUCAGCAAUGAGUAGCUGUUUUGGCAGCUGUAGUGCUUGCAUUUGGCAAAUUAGUCUUAUUUUUUGUUUUAAUCCCACUUCUGACACCAUGAAUCCCACUUCUGACACCAUGUAAGAUGUAAGCCACCGGGUACUCAUUGGACAGUAGGAAGAUGUCUGAUGUCUGACCAUACAUCUGGCAUGACCACUAUGAUGUAUGUCAAGGGCCACAUGUCAGUUACUUGUCCUACAACAUGGAUAUCUGUAUUUCUGGAGACCAAUGUGGAGUUCUGAAAUUCCCCGUUGGUCAAAAUGUACAAGGCCAGAUUGUCUGUAUUCAUUGUGUUACUCCCUAUGUUCAUGCACUUUUAACAAAAAAGACAUCGCAACUUAUAUUUCUAAUGCCAGGGUUUGCAGUUUACAAUGCAUGAAAGAGCAUUUACAAAUGUAAAACGUGUUCUCUUUUUUAUAAAAGAUGGAUAUAUAUAUAUAUGUAUAUGGGACUGUGCAAUGACACUUAUGCAAGCGUUUUCAAAACAUAUCAAGGUUCUCAAAGAUUUUUGAGAAUUCUAGAGAGAAAUGUUCAAGCUGGAAAGAUAAAAGACAAAUUUGAUACACGUGAAGUUGUUUACGUUUAGUUAAACGGAUGUGAAGUCCGUUUACAUUUAGUUAGGAUGAAUAUCCUGUAAAGUUUAUUAUACACCGUCUGAAUAAAUCCCCGUAGUGCGUCGUUGAUCAUGUGUUGUUGAAUUAUUCGUCCCAAGACACGCACAGCAAAGGCCAAGUUCGGGCAAGGACCAUUAGUCGACUAGUGGU